CAGGAUAUUUCAAUGCCCCAGAGGUUCUGUGGAAGAAGUAAAACGUUUGAAAUGUUACGCAAGACGAUGACGACGAAUCCAUAAAAAAUAGGGGGAUUUUUAUUUCAAAUGAUCAUUAAUUAAUACAUUAAUAUGAUGCAUACAAAUCAGUUCCGACAUUACUUUUGUAAAUGUUUAAAAACAAAUUUAGCAGGAGAAAGUACAUGUAUUUAAUAUACUGAUGUGAUAGUGAAUAGGAUGUGCGUAUAUUCUCGGUCUUAGUCAGGUGAGUUAGGUAAUGUGAUGUUUCAUCAAGGUGCAACACUUUGUAAACCCGUCAUAAAACAUUUCUUCUGUUCAGUUAAAUUAACCAAAAGAGAGCCACAAACAUUAUCAGACAAACUUCGCAACAUGAAUGUCUAUUUGAUGACCUGCGCACUUUUCCUCUCAGUAGGACAAUGUUAUCUGGCAACUGGUCACAAAGCGCUUAAAAAAGACAAUGCGCCUCAAACUCUGGUGCCAGGUUCCCUACAUGUACGCGAGGUGCUCUCCUUAAAAACGGCGAUUCUGUUCCACUUCAUCAAUUACUAUGGAUUCUGCAAACCCCGAAAAAUGCGCACAAACGUGGUCAAGAAAUGCUUCCAAAAUAUCGACGCCGCAUGCAGACUCGUUGGCGAAGGCCCAAGAAGCAUGGGCGCUCUUAAAAACAGGACUAACUUGGGUCGACUUUGCUCCCUUGCCCACAAGACAAGAGGCGUGACAGAAUGGUUAACAAUGGCGGCCCAGGUUGCUGAAGCUCUCUGUGCAACUUGUACAGAGCUGGCGACAGAAGAGGAAAAAACAACCUGUGAAAAGAGGCUGUGUCAGUGAAAACACACACAUCAACUUACCUCGCCA